AUGGGAUUAUCCUUUCCUCUCAUCAUCUUGAUCAUGCGCUUUCUUGUUUCAUUGAUGAUGUUUUAUCUUAUACUUUCUGUCUCUUCUUCUGGUGUGCAGCCCAUGUGCCAUGAUGAUGAGAGAUUUGCCUUGUUGCAAUUCAAAGAAAGCUACUUCAUCAAUCAAUCCGCAUCCAGAGAUCCCACUGCUUAUCCGAAGGUUUCAUCGUGGAAGCCUGAUCAAAUCAGUGAUUGCUGCAAGUGGGAUGGUGUAGAGUGCAAUAAGGACACUGGUCAUGUCAUCGGCCUCGAUCUCAGUAGCAGCUGUCUUAAAGGUUUUCUCAACUCCAAUAGCAGCCUCUUCCGCCUUGCUCACCUCCAAAACCUCAAUCUGGACGACAAUGACUUUAACUCUUCUCCACUUCCAACUAGUUUUAGGCAGCUUUCAAGGCUAACAGUGCUCAGCCUCGCAGCCUCUAUAUUUUCUGGCCAAAUCCCUUCAGAAAUUUUCAAGCUCUCCAAGUUAGUUUCCCUAAAUCUCUCAUAUAAUCCGUUGUUGAAGCUCCAAGAAUCUGGCCUAACAGUUAUAGCUCAAAACCUCAGCAACUUGGAAGUACUAUCUCUUAAACAGGUUGACAUAUCAUCCAACAUUCCCAAUAUCUUGGCAAACUUAUCUUCUUUAACAUCUCUAUCUCUAAGCGAGUGUGACUUGCAUGAUAAUGAAAACCUCAAGGGCUGUAUCCCAGAAUUUCACAGAACCAGCCCCCUUAAAUUAUUGGGACUUGGAAACACGAGCUUCAAUGGAGAAAUACCAUCUUCACUAGGUAACCUUACCAAUCUAUUUUUUUUAGAUCUUCAAGCAAAUAGUUUGCACGGUUCAAUUCCACAGUCAAUAUCAAGGCUUGAAAAUCUUGAAACUCUGCAUCUCAAUGAUAACUAUUUGAGUGGCAGGGUGGAGCUUGAUUUGUUUCUGAGACUCAUAAAGCUAGUUGAAUUGCAGUUAUCUAGAAACAAUAUAACAUUGCUUACAAAUCUGAGUACCAACUCAACUUUUCCAAAAUUUAGGAUGUUAUUACUAGCUCAUUGUGACUUGGGUGAGUUCCCUGAGUUUCUGAGGAACCAAGAUCAGUUGGAGCUGUUAGAUCUUGGUGGAAACAAAAUUCACGGCCAAGUUCCAAAAUGGAUGGGGAAUGUAAGCAUAGAAACUCUCUGGGGUUUAGGUCUGCGAUACAACUUUCUCACCGGUUUCGACCAACUUCCGGUUGUACUCCCAUACGUUAAUCUAAAGGCACUGAAGCUUGAUUCUAACAUGCUUCAAGGGUCACUACCAAUCCCACCACCAUCCAUUGCUUUCUAUUCGGGGCGUGUACCGAGAUCAUUGGUAGAUUGUACCAAACUUGAAGCUAUUAAUCUUGGUAACAAUCAGAUCCAUGAUAUUUUUCCUUCCUGGUUGGGCAUUCUUCCAGAGUUGAGGAUUCUCAUUUUGAGAUCUAAUGAACUCUAUGGUACGCUAGGAAGUUCUGAUAGCAAUUUCGAUUUUUCAAAAUUGCACAUCAUUGACCUCUCAAAUAAUGAUCUUACUGGCAAGUUGCCUUUUGAACACUUCCAAAUUUGGAAAGCCAUGCAAAUCGUUGAUGCCGUGAGCUUAAAGUACAUGGAGGAACACCAAACUCUAGUGACACUUGCAGGAGUUAGCAUAAACCAUAUCUACUCCUACUCAAUGACAAUUAUCAAUAAAGGCAAGAAAACUGUAUACCAGAAAAUCCCUGAUUUCUUCAUAGCUUUUGAUCUCUCGAACAACAGAUUUGAAGGAGAAAUCCCAGAUGUGGUGGGGAAUCUGAAAGGACUUCAUUUGCUCAACCUUUCCUCAAACUUUCUCACAGGACCUAUCCCAUAUACAUUGGCAAACUUGACCGGGCUAGAAGCAUUGGAUCUGUCUAAAAACAAGUUGUCUGGUGCGAUCCCUCUGCAACUAACGGAACUCACUUUCUUUUCAUACUUUAAUGUCUCCCAUAAUCGUUUAAAAGGACUUAUACCACAUGGGAAACAAUUCGACACAUUCGACAACAGUUCGUUUAAUGAGAACCCUAAAUUAUGCGGAAGUCCUUUGUCAAAGAAAUGUGAGAAUCCUGAGUACUCACUACCUCCAUCUUCAAGCCACAACUCAGAAUUCUCAUUUGAAUUUGGUUGGAAAGUAGUCGAGAUUGGAUAUGGAUGUGGAUUCUUGUUUGGAGCUGUGUCUGGGCAAGUCGUAAUCACAAAGAAGUAUGGUUGGUUUAUGAAGACGUUUGCAAUUGGGCAGUCAAACCGAACAAGGGUGAAUUGGAGGGGUCGCAGAAAUUAA